AUGGUGCGGUCUCUGAUCGUGGCCGCGCUAGCCGCUGGCUUCGCCAAUGUGGCUCUGGCACACAACAUUGAGGUGCCCCCUUGCGGCCAGGAAUGCAAAACGCUUGAAUACGUUGGCUGUGUCAAAGAUGGCAACCCCUCGGCCCUCAUCAUGCGAUCGAACCAAGAUCAGGGCCAGAUGACGGUUGAGAAGUGCGGUGCCGUCUGUAAGGGAAAUGGUUUCCGAUACGCUGGCCUCAAGUACUAUGGCAUCUGCUUCUGUGGCAACACCCUGGGCGGCUCGCCCGCAGACGAGGGCUCAUGCUCGUAUCCCUGCAGUGGAAACAACGCUCAAAAGUGUGGAGGAGACUCGACGCUGUCCGUCUGGGAGGACAAGACCUACCCCAAGAAGCCCGAGGAGGUCUCUGGUGAUGAUUACAAGGCUAUUGGCUGCUACACUGACGACACAAACAAGGGAAGGACCCUGUCCUGGCCCGUCAACGUCGACUCGGCUUCCAUCACACCCUCGUCAUGUAUCGCUGCCUGCAAGGCCAACGGAUUUGCCUAUGCCGGAACCGAGUUUGGAGGUGAAUGCUGGUGCGGCUCUUUCCUGAACCCGGCCACCCAGGCUGUCGAUGCCUCGCAGUGCAACAUCCCUUGCCACGGAGACAGCUCUGUAUCUUGCGGCGGCCGCGGUCGUUUGACCGUGUACGAGGCCAAGGUGCUCAUUUCUACCGAGCCUUGCAUCCCCGUGCCGCCCCCCGUCUCUACUUCGGUCGCACCGCCUGCCUCUACCGCCGGCCCUGGCACAUCUGCAGCAUCAUCCGCCCCAGGCUCCUCUGGCGCCCCCGGAUCAAGCGUGCCCGCUUCCAGCAAUUCCGGUGUACCUACUCUUCCCGGAACGGGUGUGCCGUCUGAGUGCUCUGCCCCGCCUACUGUCACUGUCACCGUGACGCCGUCUUCCACUGGCCCUGUGCCUACUGGACCUGCUUCAUCGGGUCCCGAGUCUAGCGGUCCGGGUUCGACUGGUCCUGGCUCGACUGGCCCGGCUUCGACUGGACCAGAGUCUAGCGGUCCUGCUUCAACUGGCCCUGCCUCUACCGGCCCUGCUUCGACUGGCCCAGAGUCCAGCGGCCCUGCUUCUACCGGUCCAGCUUCUACCGGUCCCGAGCCCAGCGGCCCUGCCUCAACUGGCCCUGCCUCUAGCGGUCCUGGUUCAACUGGGCCUGCCUCGACUGGACCGGCUUCCACCGGUCCUGAGCCCAGCGGCCCUGCCUCUACUGGCCCUGCCUCUACCGGUCCUGCUUCAACCGGCCCUGCUUCCACUGGCCCUGAGCCCAGCGGCCCUGCUUCCACCGGUCCUGAACCCAGUGGCCCAGCCUCUACCGGUCCCCAGUCCUCCUGCCCUGCUUCAACUGGACCUGCUUCCACGGGUCCUGAACCCAGCGGCCCAGCUUCAACCGGUCCUGAGCCUAGCGGCCCAGCCUCUACCGGUCCCCAGUCCUCCGGCCCUGCUUCAACUGGACCUGCUUCCACGGGUCCUGAACCCAGCGGCCCAGCUUCAACCGGUCCUGAGCCUAGCGGCCCAGCCUCUACCGGUCCCCAGUCCUCCGGCCCUGCGUCAACUGGCCCAGCUUCCACUGGCCCCGAAUCGACUGGCCCCGUGCCAACUGGCCCGGUUCCCACCACUACGCCAGCUACUUGCACAACCGUCGUGACCGGCAGUGACUGUGGACCUGCUCCCACUACCGCUCCUAACCAGUCCACUGGUCCCUACACCUCUGGCCCAGUUCUUCCCAGCAGCGUAGUUACAUGCACAAAGACGUUGACUGGUAGCGAUUGCCCGCCUGCUCCUACCGGAACUGGUCCUGUGCCUACCGGUCCCGAGACCACUGGCCCUCAGCCUUCUGGCCCCGAGACUACUGGUCCUCAGCCUUCUGGCCCCGAGACUACUGGUCCUCAGCCUUCGGGUCCUGAGACUACCGGUCCCGUGCCUACCGGUCCUCAGCCUUCUGGCCCCGAAACCACCGGCCCCCAGCCUUCCGGCCCCGAGACCACCGGUCCUGUCCCUACUGGUCCCCAGACUACUGGCCCUCAGCCUUCUGGCCCUGAGACCACUGGACCUCAGCCUUCUGGCCCUGAGACCACUGGUCCUCAGCCUUCCGGCCCUGAGACUACCGGCCCCCAGCCCUCCGGUCCUGAGACCACUGGUCCUCAGCCCUCUGGCCCCGAGACCACUGGACCUCAGCCUUCCGGCCCCGAGACCACUGGUCCUCAGCCUUCCGGCCCUGAGACUACCGGCCCCCAGCCCUCCGGUCCUGAGACCGGUCCUGUCCCUACCACCACGCCUGCUACUUGCACAACUGUGCUAACUGGCAGCGACUGCGGACCUGCUCCCACUACCGCACCAGGCCAGUCUACUGGAAUGGGAUCUUCCCCAUCGGGCCCGGCUCCUACAGGCCCAGCUCUGACAAGCACGGUUAUUACAUGCACCAAGACAUUGACUGGAAGCCAGUGCCCACCUGCUCCCACUACCACGCCCAACCAGUCUACUGGACCCGAGACUACCGGCCCUGCUCCUACCACGACACCAGAGACUACCGGCCCUGAGACUACUGGUCCUCCCGAGACCACUGGCCCAGAAACCACGGGCCCUCCCGAGACUACUGGUCCCGAGACUACUGGUCCUCCCGAGACUACCGGCCCUGCUCCUACCACGACACCAGAGACUACCGGCCCUGAGACUACUGGUCCUCCCGAGACCACUGGCACAGAAACCACGGGCCCUCCCGAGACUACUGGUCCCGAGACUACUGGUCCUCCCGAGACCACUGGCACAGAAACCACGGGCCCUCCCGAGACUACUGGCCCUGAGACCACUGGUCCCCCUGAGACUACUGGCCCAGAAACCACUGGCCCUCCUGAGUCUACUGGCCCAGAAACCGGUCCUCCCGAGACUACUGGCCCUGAGACCACUGGUCCCCCUGAGACUACUGGCCCAGAAACCACUGGUCCUCCUGAGUCUACCGGACCCCAGACUACUGGCCCAGUUCCUACUACCACGCCUACUAUUUGCACAACCGUCGUAACUGGUAGCGACUGCGGACCUGUUCCUACAGCUCCUGGCCAGUCCACUGGACCUAAUCCUACCGGCCCGGCUCCUACCAUCAUUACAUGCACAAAGACUUUGACUGGUAGCCAAUGUCCUCCCACACCUACCACCACACCUGGACAGUCCACCACACCCGAGACUACCGGCCCUGUUCCCACAACCACACCCGGACAGUCUACCGGACCCGAGACCACCAUCCCGGUUCCUACCACGACGCCCGGCCAGUCUACUGGACCUGAGACCACCAUCCCGGUUCCUACCACGACGCCCGGCCAGUCUACUGGACCUGAGACCACCAUCCCGGUUCCUACCACCACGCCUGCGACGACAUGUACAACCGUGUUGACUGGUAGCCAGUGCACACCCGCUCCUACCAUGCCUGGCGAGUCUACCGGACCUGUUCCCACGGGCCCUGCCACGAUUAUCACGUGUACCAGCACAUUGACUGGUAGCCAGUGUCCUCCUACACCCACCACCACGCCUGGACAGUCAACCACACCUGAGACCACUGGUCCGGCUCCCACGACCACUCCUAACCAGUCUACAGGCCCGGUUCCUACCACCACGCCUGGCCAGUCUACCACUCCCGAGACCACUGGUCCAGUUCCCACUACCUCGCCUGUCACUACAUGCAUCACUGUCAUAACUGGUAGCCAGUGCACACCUUCUGCUACCAUGCCUGGCGAGUCUACCGGACCUGUCCCCACGGGCCCGGCCACAUGUACAAGCACAUUGACUGGUACCCAGUGCACGCCUACUCCCACAGGUCCUGUGUCCACGGUCCCCGAGUCUUCAACUCCCGCCACCACGGUUCCCGCAUCAUCCACUCCGGCUACCACGGUGCCAGAGACCACUGGCCCUGUUCCUACCACGUGUACAAGCGUAUUUACUGGUAGCCAGUGUGUACCUUCUGCUACCAUGCCUGGUGAGUCUACCGGACCUGUCCCCACGGGCCCGGCUACUUGCACAAGCACUUUUACUGGUACUCAGUGCACACCUACUCCCACAGGUCCCGUGUCCACGGUUCCCGAGUCAUCGACUCCUGCUACCUCGGUUCCCGAGUCGUCAACUCCCGUUACCACGGUUCCUGCAUCGUCCACUCCCGCCACCACGGUACCAGAGACAACCGGCCCUGUUCCUACCACGUGUACAAGCGUAUUCACUGGCAGCCAGUGCACACCUUCUGCUACCAUGCCUGGUCAGUCCAGCGGACCUGUUCCCACGGGCCCGGCCACUUGCACAAGCACCUUCACUGGUACCCAGUGUACUCCUGCUCCUACUACCACUCCUGCUACCUCUGUUCCUGAGUCGUCGACUCCCGUUACCACGGUCCCUGAGUCUUCAACUCCCGCGACUUCAGUUCCCGAGUCAUCAACUCCCGUUACUACCGUCCCUGAGUCUUCAACUCCCGCUACCACGGUGCCCCAGACGACUGGCCCUGUCCCGACCACAUGCACCAGCGUAUUUACUGGUAGCCAGUGCACUCCCGUGCCUACUACACCUGGACAGCCAACCGGACCUAAUCCCACCGGACCUGUUCCAACAGGACCGGUCACCUGCACGAGCACCUUUACUGGUAGCCAGUGCACUCCUACUCCUACUACUCCUGUUUCCACGGUUCCAGAGUCUUCCACUCCCGUCACAACUGUGCCCGAGUCCUCGACUCCUGUCACCACGGUUCCCGAGACUACAACUCCCGUCACCACGAUCCCUACCAUUCCCGCUACUACGGUUCCAGAGACUACUACUCCUGUCUCCACGGUCCCAGUAACCACCCCAACUACACCGGUCCCGAUUACAUCGACGCCAACUACACCAACCACGGGCUUCAGCACCACGACGCUCUGCACAACCACCGCCACUACGACUCCGGACUGCGAGUACCAGAUUGGAGACUGGUGCGCUCCCCCGGUGCCAGACUGGCACGACAAGCUUGGCUGCAUCAAGUCGGCCGCCGUGUGCAAGCUGCAGUGGGCUUCCUGCUUCAAGAAGGCCGGUCUCACCGGCGCCAUCGGCUGCUUCAAGUACGUCGAGUUCUGCAAGUCCAUCGAGCUCUCCUGUCUCAAGUGCGUCCUCGGCAAGUGCGACAAGAGCGACUGCAAGCCACCGACCGUGUCCGUCACCACCAUCGUCACUCCUUGCGUGCCGACGGCGACCAACCCGCCGACACCACCACCCACCGUCUGCCCCCCCAAGCCGACCAACAUCUGCAAGGACACUGGCUCCAUCUGCGGCGUCCCGCUGCCCAUUGUCAGCUGCAACGACGACAAGAGUCAGUUUGCCGCCGCGCCCUUCAAGCUUUACAACGACGCGGAUACCAGCAAGUGCCCGAUCUUCCCGCACCCAGAGGUUCCCAACGCUUGCGCCGAGGCCUGCAAGGAACAGUACGACCAGUGCACGAAGACCAGCCUCUGGAGCUGCCACGGAUUGAAGCGCUCCGAGUCUGCCUUUGAGGAUGACUUUGUCGCCCCGACCGCCAACGAGGGGCCUCACCGUCGCACGCUCGGCCUUCUUACGCAGCUCAAGUGCAAGAAGCAGUACGCUGCUUGCGUGGCCGCCAACAAGAACAUCGACACGUCCAACCACUGCAAUUCUUGGGAAGGAUGCUACUAG